GGGCUUUAGCCGUAGUAAACAACUGGACUGUAAAAGUUACUUUCAUUUUUGAGCUAUUUUUAGACUCAGUAGCGGGACGAAAAAUUAACGAUAAUACAUGACCGAGUUAUUUUGUUAAUUAUCUUGGACAAAUAUAAGGGUUGUUUGUGGUGGAGAAUGGCUUUUUCAACAUGGCUGAUACACACAUUUUCUCACAAUUUAAUCACCAGAGGGCGCUUCAGCCAAUGAAACGAAAGAAAGUGUUUGGAGGUGACGAGUGGGGUGCUUUAGAAGUGAUUGCAGAGGCACAUUAGGAUGGCUGUAAACCUCUUUGACCAUCCUUAUGCUGCAAUUAUUGAUCUGGACGAAACAGAUGCUGAAGAAAACUCAGAAAGUGACACAAAUUUCAAAGACUCUCCAAGAAAAGUGCUUGUUCAAGAAAACAAAGGUGCAUCUUUAAAUAUUCUCAAUGAAAUAGCGCAAAACCAAGACUUUUCUUGUUUAAACUCUAAAGAAGAUCUGAAAGAAAAUGGGUUUCAGAUAGAAAGUAAUUCUUCCAGCUGUGAUGAAAUGGAUGCAGAAACAAUUACUAACGAGAAAAAGAGAGAAGGAAAAUCUUCUGAAACAAAGGAUUCUGAUAAAUUAGACUUGGAUGAAACUGAUAUGUCAGAGAAAAUAUUAGAUAAAGUUCAAGAAAAAACUGAAACACUGGAUGGAGACAAGUUAGAAACCUCAGACACUGAACCCUCAAAAGUUCUUGAUAUUUUUAAAGGAAUAACAGAUGUGUUUGAUUUAAAAGCUGCUGAACAAAAAUCCAGUGACAAUAAACAAACAAGGACCUUUAAUGGAGUUACAGAAAAUAAGCUAGAAAAUGAGGGAGUUGAAGCUGAAACACAUAAGAAAGAGGAACAAGAAACAAAUGCAGGUGAUGGAAAGGAAAAUGCAGGGAAAGAUUUACCAAUCACAACUGGUAGUGAUAUGGGAAAAGAAGAAAUGGAUACAUCAGUCAAUGAUGGCAAUGAUUGUGAAGAAGAGACAGAUGAUGCAGAUGAAGGAGAAAUGGAGUUAGACAACAGUCUUGAAAACUCAACAGAAUUGACAAGUGAAAUAAAAACUGGCGUUGGAAAUGGAAUUGUGGUUUCAGUAAUGAAAAAACGAAAAGGUAGGCGAAAAAGACGGAAAUCAUCUGUGCGAUCAAAGCCUAGUCCUUAUAAGUUUAGACGACUAAAUAGUGGUUCACCAAGGAGGGUUUCCAUAGAAGGGACUGCAGGGAAGGAAAACAUGAGUGAUGCCGAGUUGAGGGGUAAAAGUUCUGUAGAUGCAGAUUUGAACAAAGAUGGGAAUGUUGGAACUGAAACCCAUGAAGAUGAUAGUGCUCAAACAGAGGAAGGCGUGAACAGUAAAGGUGAAACAUCACAGUCAGACGGGCAGGAAGGAACAGAUGAAAGGCUACGCAGCAGAAGAAGUAGAACACCAGGGAAGAAAGAAGGCUACUUGGUUGGUGAGGAGCUGGAUGAAAUAGAUGCUUCUCCAGCCUUUUCAGGGCUAGACAAAGGGCAUGGAAGAAGACCCUUGUUGUUCCACAAAGGGAAGAAGGCAUCACCAGCCCAGAUAAAACCCCUUACACCAGAGGAGUCCGAGAGAUACAAGGAACCCUUCAAGCAAGGAUGGAAACGUGAGCUUGUUUUUCGUGGGGCAUAUUGUGAGAGUUCGGUGAAAACCCAAGCGGAUACAUACUACUUUCCGCCUUCGAAGGGUCCGAAACUUCGGUCGAUGGUGCAGAUUUCAGAUUGGUUGGCUACGCAUGACACAACUUUGACAACUGAUAACUUCACGUUUAUGAGACGAGCAAUAGGAGUGGACGGUGAAGUUGUGCGUAAUGCUGCACACAGUCGUGGAAGAGCUUCAAUGGAGGCAGCGCAAAAGAAGCGAAAAAUAAGACACACCAACGAUGCUCAUGUACACGAUGACAAUGAUGGUCAGUAUGAUAAACCAGAAAUAGUAAUCGAAAGAGACUCGGAUGAUUUCUUAGCCCCGAUCAUGUCAGCAGCUGUAGAGAAAGAUACAUCUGUAAAAAUAGAACCUAAAAAGGGACGGCCUCCAAAGAACAAGGAGCCUUCUAAUAUUCCAAAUCUGGAGGAAUUGAAAGAGGAAAAAGUUGAGACGAUGCAUCCAUCAAAUGAAGAAGUAAUUAUUUCACCUUCAAAGAAGAAAAAGGAACAUAAGGCAACUGCAAGGAAAAGCACAACUCAGAAAAUGUUUAGAAAACCUGUGCCAUAUACUGGUAUAGAGAACCUGUGUUCAUUGACAUGUCCGGGAAUGGAGGGAAUACCACCAAUGUUACAUUGCAAUGUCUGCAUGUGUUUGUUUCACAACGAAUGUGUAAACUACUAUGGGCAAGAUGAUGAUUUUGUUUGUCUGAGGUGUAAGGAUAUGCAGCCUCCCAGUGCCGGUGGAGCCCCGUUAGUAAAUGUACACACUGAAAACAAUGUAAUGAAAGUUUCAAACCCUGCACUAUUAAGUCAGUUGCAGAGAAGUAUGCCUGCCUCUCGAUCAUCUAUAGUGCGUGUUUAUCCCACUGGAGAGAUAAAAACUGUUGCUAGUGCAAGCUCUAGUAGUCCUGGAUUGAACAGUAAAGGAACACUUCUUAAAGCGACAACCCCACCGAAUUCCAUGUUACCGUUGUAUAAAAUGUUACCAGUUAUUGCGGGAAGUCCAAAACCAGCAGCAUCUGGUAGUAGCUCUCCAUUUAAUUAUCCUGUGUUGCUAACGCAAAAUACAUCUGCUUUUAAAGUAUCGUCUUCAUCAUCACCAUCAUCGUCAAUUCCAUCUGCAGCAUCACCAGUUAUGAGAUCAAUAUUGGUAACAACAGCACCAAGUGCAGCAAGAAAAUCACCAGCUUUAGCAGACAUAGUGAAUUCAAAACUUCAAACCGAUUAUCCGGAAAUUAGACCACUUAUUAAACAGGAACCAAUUGACGAUUCUUAUGGGGACGCAAUUAAAGACAAUAAGAAUAUAUCUAAAGGACCAAAUACUACAAAAGCAAGUACUGAAGCUUUAGACAACUUGAAAAGUGUUUUGUCAUCCAGACUUGGAAGCCCACCGUUUCCUGAUAGAAAUGUUUCUAACCAAAAGGGCAGACCAGUUGUAACAAAGGUAAAUUCGUUGAACCAGCAGUCGUUUGCUCCUAUACCAACUCCAGUUCGACUGAUGAAUAAUUUUCUCAAUAGUAUCAAUACUAACAGCCAGUUAACCAUCUCUCAAAAUAUAAAUCAACCAAGAAUGGCUUUUGGUCUAACAUCACCUCCUCAGGGUCAGUUCCCACAGAAUCAAGAGUACAGAAUUGUUCCGAUCGGACCCCCAGUGCCUUUAAAUAAGCUACCAACCCGUAUGCCUGUGCUACAUGGACAAAAUUUUAUGCCCAUGUCAUCAGUGCCUGUUAGGCAACCUGUCACACUUUCUCCACAGAUUCCUCCAAGAACAGAUAAACCUGUAGUAUCAUCAGUAAUUGUGACAACACAGGAUGAUACUGCAGCUUCUGGUAAUGCAGGACCAUUAGUUGUUAAUGCAAAGUCAGUCACACCAAUGAAUGGUCAGUUGUUAACUUUGCCACCACCUGUUGUGAAAAAAUUAACACUGAACAGACCCCUUGCUUUGAAAAUAAAUAAUCGUCAGAUUACUGUUCCACCUUCUGGAUUUUUUCAGUCAACAGAAGGUUUAAAAGUUUUUCUGCCACCAAAUACGUUUCCAACAGCAGAUGAGAACACUGUUGAUGUCUCUGUUUCAAAUGAAAAAUCAAAUGAAGAGGAAAAUGCUACAGUCCCGAAAUCUGCAACAGAAGAAAAGAGUGCUGAAUCUCAAGAAAGUGCUAAGACUGAUCUUGAUACAAACAAAGAUCAGACAAGCAAAAUCGAUGAAAAAUCUGAAGUUGCUGAAGAAGUGACUAGUGCUAAAACAGUAGAUAUUAAGAAAAAUAGAUUUUAUGGAAAAUGUUGUCUCAUACAGAGGUUAUAUGGAGGUUACGAUUGUAUGUUCCACAUAUUCAAACACCUGGAACUUAAAGACUUAGUUAGGGUGAGCCAGGUGUGCAAAACAUGGAGAAGGAUCUCACUUUUACCAGAUCUGUGGACCAAUGUGAAUUUCAGUGACAUUAGUGUAUCAGAUUGGGGAAAGGCACUAAAGUAUGUGAGCAGGAGAGAUGUACAGUCUAUUAGUCUAAAGGGGCUGUCACAUUUUGGAGAACCCAAUAGAACUUGGCAUCAGCUGGUUUCCUCUUUACAUGAGUUAUCUCCUGAACUAUUUAUGCUGAAGAAGAUCUCAUUCGGCCUGGUACCAGCGGCCGUUCUUCAGUCAGUGGCAGGAAAGUUGACUCUACUGGACUCCUUUGUUGCAGAAUCCAUAUCAGACUUUACGGAUGAUUCCAUGUGGAAUGUUCCAACCAAGUUAGAUGUAGGAAAUUUCCGCUGUACGUCACAGUUGAAGGAGUUGAAGCUGAGGGGUACUGGUGGUCUGUCACUGCCCUCGUUCAGUUUUGGUUGUGGUCUUGCAGAUAUAGGAAAACUGACAGCACUUCAGACUUUGCAUCUCACCAGUCUGAGGAAUUUGGAUGGUUCAGAUUUCAACUUCAUAUCAAGUCUUACCAAUCUCAAGGAACUGGCCCUCGGAGACUGCGAGAACUGGACGCAAGAGACUUACUCGCAUCUUCAGAAGUUGACAUUAUUGGAGAGACUGCGACUAGAGAAUGGUGGGGAAAUACCUGACACUGGACUUGGUCUUGCAUUGUCUCAUCUCUCACAAUUGGAGAGACUGGAGCUGAUAAAGUAUACAGUCGCAUACACAUUUGGUAACCAUAUUGGUGGACUAUCAAAACUGCGACAUCUGUGUAUUUUCCCUGUGAAUAUGAAUUUUAUGGGUGAAGUCAAUACUAACACGCUACAUGCUGUAGAAAACCUGAAGAAGUUGAAGACGCUAGAAUGGAUAAUUCCACAAAGCAGCACUUCAUCCAUCAUCCUUGAUGACAACAGCAACUCUGGGACAGAUAAGUCGAUCGAGGGAAAUCAAUGGAUACCAUUUCAAACAGUUCUGGGGCUCGAACUGACUGAUAGCAAUAAAAGUCCUGCAGCUCAGUAUAUUAGUGUACAGCAGUUAGAGAGUAAGCUGGAGGCAUCACUACCCGAGACAAAAGUGAAAGUAUGCAGUGCAAAAUCAGAGAGGAAAUUGAUUUAGAUAUACAUGUUCUGAUUCUACAAUUUCUUAUUUAUCUUAAAACCCUUGGCAAUUUUAGACUUCUGCCUCCAGUAUUUUUACACUCAACAAGAAAGUGUUGUUGGGAUUCCUCUUGUGAGUACAGAGGAAGUAGAUAAAAUAGGUUUAUUGUCCAAGUAGUCAUUAUGAUAUACAAGGACACAGAAGGGACCUCUGGUUGAGCGGUUAUGGUCAUCACUUGCCCCUCACUGCUAUGGGCUCGAAGUCUUGCUUGGGAUGUAGGAUUCUUUCAUGUGAAGAAGCUGUCCCUUUAACUUGAAGGCAGCUUGUGAUUCUACCCAGGAAACUGCCUAUGCCUGAAAUUAUACAGGGGGUGGGGAUGGGCACCUGGGGUCUUCGUCCACUAUCAAAAGAUGGAAAGCCACCUAAAAAGUUUUCAGUCUUUAAAGUACACAUUCACAAUAAAAGGUUUACACAGUCCAGUGUUUGUGGAACUCAUAAAAUGAAAGUAUGAAGACCUGUCCCAAAACUCUACUGUAGCAUCUGAUUAUACUUUCAGCUCAGUUAGGCUGAGAAACAAUACAGUAGCAGUUGUUGGUUUGUUGUAGUUAAAUUUAUUAGAGAGAAAUACAGGAAUUGUUGUGGACCAAAUAUACUAUAUUCUAAUCAUACCAAGUUCUGUCUUAGUCUUCUCAAAAAUGUCCAAAAUUUAUAACCCUUCAAAAAUUUCAGGCUAUGUGAUAUACUUGGAUAUGUAAUAGAAAUGUAGCUGAAGUGUAUAAAGUUUUGUGAUACAGGGUAAAGGCAGUAUACUGAUCUCUUAGGUCUUACGGCCCGAAUUUUAAGGCCUUGACUUUGUACUGCACUGCAUGUUAGUACUGAACCUGAAGCAGCAGAUUGUUAUCACAUCAUACAUCAGCUCCUAAAUAUCUCUUAAGUACAUGUUUCAGUUGUUUAUGGUGUUAUAUUAAUCCCCCCCCCCCCCCCCCCCAUGGGGGAGACAUAUUGUUUUUGCCCUGUCCGUCCAUUCGCCCCUCACACUUCAUUUCCGACCAAUAACCGGAGAACUAUUUGACCUAGAACCUUCAAACUUCAUAGGGUGGUAGGGCUUAUGGAGCAGACGACCCCUAUUGUUUUAGGGGUCACUCCAUCAAAGGUCAAGGUCACAGGUGCCUGAAGAUAGAAAACCAUUUCCGAUCAAUAAAUUGAGAACUGCUUGACCCAGAAUGUUGAAACUUCAUAUGAUGAUUGGACAUGCAGAGUAGAUGACCCCUAUUGAUUUUGGGUCACUUGAUAAAAGGUCAAGGUCACAGGGACCUGAACAUGGAAAAUGGUUUCCCAUCACUAACAUGAGAACCAUUCGACCUAGAACCUUAAAACUUGGCUGUUUCUAAACAUGUACAGUUUUUAAUGAUACUGAGUUACAUGUUUUAGGAAUGUCUGUUAAAUUGAACAGGUGUAUCUAUAUCAUAGGCUUGAGACAACUUUGUUUAUUUCUGCUAUUGAUAGUAACAAUUUUGAUUUUAUGCCCUUGACAAAGGGAGGCAUAUAGUGUUUGAAAUGUCUGUUAUUCAGUCUGUCACUCUUGGAAAGAAACUUGGUGAACAUCAUCAGCAUGCUGUAGACAUGUGCAUAUUGUCAAGACUUCCAUGUCAGAUUAUUUUUCUGGAGUUACAGCACUGUUCUGGACUAUUUAUUAUUAUGUCAAUCAUUUUCAGGUGGAAUAUGUCGUACAAUAUUGAUAACAUUUUUGCUUGUUUUAUUUUACAAAAAUAUUUUGCAAAAAUAGAUUUACAAAAAAUAGUGGAAUUAAACACUACAAGUACAGUGAUGUUAGAGAUAACUGAAGUAGGACAUAGAUUUGGAUCAUUCAGUGUUGUAAUUCUAUUUUCCUAUGUUAAUAAGGCUUAGUGUUUUGUAACUGAAAAGGAUGAGUAGAGAGUUAGAAACUUUAUUGUGUUCAGGAUUAGUUGUUUGUUUUCACAUUUUACUGUUUUCCACAGCUGUAUAAUGAAAUAUGCUGGCUGUGUAAAGUUGUUUUUUAAAAGUGUAUAUAAAACAAAGUUUUUUUUUCAUGUACAUAUUAUGCAUUUAAGAGUAUAUUAAGAAAAUUUAGUUACUAUGCAAUGCACGAUCUUUUCUAUAAAUACAAAUAUUGCACUUAUUUCUUUCCAAGCAUCGACAUUUGUUAGUUGUAAUAUUCAAAUAAAAACUGUGGCGAGUCCGGAUUUUUAAACAAUUAUAUGCCAUACCUCAGCUUAUUGCUUGUAAGCCUUGUGUUUUUAGGUUUAAUGCCUUUGCAAAUGAUGUCUCUAAAACUGAGGUGUAAUGUGCAUGUUUACAAAUAAUUUGAGCUGCGCUAUUAAGCAAAAGUAUUACUUCAACAGAUAUUAAAAAAAAAGUUCCAAGUGUAAGUAAUUUUGAACAUAGUUUGCUGAAACUAGAGCUGUCUAUAAAUGCAGGGGAAGUAAUCAUAAUGAAGAACCUAAAUUAAUGCAUACUUUUGUAAAGAACUUUUUGUUUUACACGUGAAGCAUCUGUUCACACUUAUUAACAUAUUUGUUGUGUUUUGCGUACUAUCCUUGCUGUGAGUCUUUGAAGUGAAGAUUCCAUUCAGAAUAGUUAAACUUUUCUAGCAGUCUUUUGUCUGUCAGUGAGUACAUUAUACAGUAUAUCACAGAAAAAAGUCAGUGUUUCAAGGAAAAAAGGAAAUCAACUCUUACGAGAUAUUUUUGCUUAAUGCAUGAUGCAGUUAAAGGGACACAUCUUCAGAGGACCUUCGAAGUUUUCUUAAAAACGGCAACAUGUUAAUAUAAAAAAUAAUGAACCAAUCUUUUUUCAAGUUAAUGAUAAUUAUACAAGUGUGAUGAUAUGUGAGGCUGAAUUCUUUUUACUCAAAAACAGAUUUCUAUAGAGUGAAGAAAAGCAUUUAAUAUUGUUUAGAAUUCACUGACUGUCUACACAUUUUCUCUUUGUUACAGUUUUACUAUCAUUAACUGACAACAGCUCCACGUUUCGAAAAAUUUGAUGUAAAUCUGGAUGCGUGCCCCUUUAAUGUUUGUUUCUAUUUGUAUGUUUUUCUAUGUUUAGAUUUUUACACUGGUUGAUCUUUUCUUCUCCUGUUAAUAUUCUUGCCAUUUUAAAAGAUUUUUAAGAUAGUGUAUAUGAUAGAAAUUCCUAUUUUUCUUCUCCUAUUUCUGUUUGCUUUACUUGUAUAUAGCUUGUUGACAUAUCUGUCAGAAAUAUGAAUCUUUGUGAACAAAGUUUAAUACACGUAUAUCAUACAUAAUGUUGAAGUAUUCGUUGAGCUUUUUGAACAGUCCGUAGCAUCCUGAAUUUUUUUUUAAAGAUGUUUCAGUUUUAGCAAAUAGUGUUAGAGGAGGAGUGAACAAAAACAUGAAGUUUUGGGCAUUUAUACACUUACUUUUAUUCUGUUAAAUUCUGUCAUGACUUUUGUAACAUGUCUUUCUAUGAGUAUUUCCCUACAAAGUUGUCUUUUUAUACACCCGUCUCUGAAAGAGCGGAGCAUAUUAUGUGAACACCGGUGGCAGCAGGCGGGCUGUCGGCGUCCAAAGCAUGUUCGCUCUCUUAGUCGAACAGUUUUCACCCCGAUCUUCUCCAAACUUGCUGACAAUGUUUGUGGGCAUAAUAUCUCGACGAAGUUCGAUAACCACCCAAAUUGUCCCAGGCAUUCUUGGAUUAUGGUCCUUGAAUUACUUGAAAAACUGCGAAUUUAGCCUUGUCCGCUCUCUUAAGUCAACAGUUUUCAUCCGAUCUUCACCAAACUUGCUGACAAUGUUUGUGGGCAUAAUAUCUCGGCCAAGUUCGAUAACAAGCCAAAUUGCCCAAGAUACUUGGAUUAUGGCCCUUGAAUUACUCGAAAAACUGCAAAUUUAGCCAUGUCCGCUCUCAAAGUUCAACAGUUUUCAUCCGAUCUUCACCAAACUUGCUGACAACGUUGUUGGCAUAAUAUCUUGGCCAAGUUCAAUAACCAGCCAAAUCGCCCCAGGCACACUUGGAUUGUGCCCCUGGAAUUAGUCCAAGUUCGAUGACGGGCGUAUUUUGUUACAGUAUGGCACUCUUGAUUGAAGUUGGGAAACAUUUGCAUCUUUGAACCAUGCCUUUUGUCGAGCCCACUUGCGGAAGCGAAGGCAGAGUUGUCCAAAUGUCUGUUCGGUGUAUGUGCGUGCAUGUGUGUGUGUGUGCGUGCUUCCGUCCAGAUUUGUUUGUCCGGAUCAUAACUUUGACAUGCAUGGAGCAAUUUUGUUUAUAUUUGGCAUGAACAUUAACCUCAGUGAGAUUGAGUGUCAUGCGCAAACCUCAGGUUCCUAUCUCAAAGGUCAAGGUCACACUUACAGGUCAAAGGUCAAAUUCAAAAAUGACUGUCAAGAGCAUUUCUUCUUCUUGCAUGGAGGGAUUUUGAUGUAACUUGGCAUAAUUGUUCACCAUCAUGAGACCGAGUGUCAUGCGCAAGAACCAGGUCCCUAGGUCUAAAGUCAAGGACACACUUAGAGGUCAAAGGAUACAAGAAUGACAACUUUGUCCCGAGCAUUUCUUCUUCAUGCACGGAGGGAUUUUGAUGCAACUUGGCACAAAUGUUCACCACCAUGAGAGGGAGUGUCUUGUGCAAGAAUCAGGUACCUAGGUCUAAAGUCAAGGUCACACUUAAAGAGGUCAAAAGUCAGAUACAAGAAUGACUUUGUCUGGGGCAUUUCUUUUUGAUACAUAGAGGGAUUUUGAUGUAACUUGGCACAAUUGUUCAUCAUCAUGAGACGGAGUGUCAUGCAUAAGAUCCUAGAAUUACUUCCCUUUGUUGUUACUAUAAAUAGCUUAUAUUUGUAACUUUUUUAUUACUGGUCAUAGGGAAAAAUCAAGACCACUUUUCUGUAGUACAACAUGCAUGUUACAUCCAAUUUUCAUGUGUAUUUUGACCUAUCUCUACUGGUGAGGAUUUUUGUGUGGACUUAGAAUUUUUUUUUUUAAGAUUUACAUCCCUUUGUUGUUACUUGAAAUAACUUAUAUUGUAACUUCUUGCAAUCUCUUUAAUAUUUGGCAUAAAUGUUUGCCUCAAUGAGACAAGGAGUGUCGUGUGCAACUCCCAGUUAUUUUGACAGCUGGCGGGCUCGACAUGUUGCCCGUGGGCAUCUAGUUUCAUUACCUUUUAAGGUGAAACAUCAUUAACAUAACUUCAUCCUACACAUUCUAUUUAUUAAAGCAUCUCCAUAUUCACAAAGAGCAUAGAAAUGAACCAUUUGAUUUUCAUUUCCAGAUGUAGCAAUGCUGUAUUAUAAUAUAUAUUUUGCAAGGAAGAGCAGUUUUAUAUAGAGAACUAAGGGCAGAAAAUGUGGUUGAUUCCUAUGCUACAAACACACAAUAUGUCAUAGUAUUUUCCCUGUAUAAUGACAAUGGUCAAACAAUAAAAAGGUGAAUACUG